UGGAACACAUGCUCAUUUUUUCUCCUCUUCUUCCUCGCUCUUUUAUUCUUUUUUAUUUUUUAUUUUUUCCUCCUCCUCCUCCGACCACCACAGAGUGCCGGCGAAUUCGCCGGCGAUAAAACGACACCGUCUAUCCUCCUCCUCAUCCUUCCUAUUUCAGCUUCGCUCUUCUCUCUCUCCCUCCCUCUCCUUAUUUGGAUCUUUUGUCUCUUUUCAGAUCUGGUUGUUCAGAGUUCGAUUUUGAGAGAGAGAGAGAGAGAGAUAUGGAUGGGAGCAAAGAGAUGGGAGUAGGUGUGGGACUUAGAAACGUGAGCUCGCAUUGCUCCAUCUCGGAAAUGGACGACUACGAUCUCUCUCGUCUUCUCGAUAAGCCGAGGCUCAACAUCGAGAGGCAGAGGUCGUUCGACGAGAGAUCGUUGAGUGAGUUGUCGAUCGGUCUAGCCAGAGGAGGAUUAGAUAACUUUGAGAGCACGUGCUCCCCCGGAGGAAGGUCCGGGUUUGAUACCCCGGCUUCUUCGGCUCGUAACUCAUUCGAGCCUCAUCCAAUGGUUGCUGACGCUUGGGAGGCUCUUCGCCGCUCUUUGGUGCAUUUUCGGGGUCAGCCGGUUGGGACUAUUGCUGCUGUUGACCAUGCCUCUGAGGAAGUUCUAAACUACGAUCAGGUUUUUGUACGAGAUUUUGUUCCUAGUGCUUUGGCUUUCCUGAUGAAUGGUGAGCCUGACAUAGUCAAGAAUUUUCUCUUGAAGACUUUGUACCUUCAAGGGUGGGAAAAAAGAAUAGACAGAUUUAAACUUGGGGAAGGUGCAAUGCCAGCCAGCUUCAAAGUUCUUCAUGACCCUAUUCGAAAAACAGAUACACUUAUUGCAGAUUUUGGUGAGAGUGCCAUUGGGAGAGUUGCUCCCGUUGACUCUGGAUUUUGGUGGAUAAUUCUGCUGAGAGCUUAUACAAAGUCCACAGGGGAUUUAACUCUUGCAGAAACAUCAGAUUGUCAAAAGGGGAUGAAGCUUAUUUUAACUUUAUGUCUGUCGGAGGGGUUUGAUACAUUCCCAACUCUGCUUUGUGCAGAUGGAUGCUCUAUGAUUGAUCGAAGAAUGGGCGUAUAUGGUUAUCCAAUUGAAAUUCAGGCACUUUUCUUUAUGGCGUUGAGAUGUGCUUUGGCAAUGCUUAAACCUGAUACAGAAGGAAAAGAAUUUAUAGAGCGAAUUGUGAAGCGUUUGCAUGCAUUGAGUUAUCACAUGCGAAGUUACUUUUGGCUUGACUUCCAACAGCUAAAUGACAUUUACCGCUACAAGACUGAGGAGUACUCACAUACUGCAGUAAAUAAGUUUAAUGUUAUUCCUGAUUCGAUCCCAGAAUGGGUAUUUGAUUUUAUGCCAACACGUGGUGGUUACUUUAUUGGAAACGUUAGUCCUGCAAGAAUGGAUUUUCGAUGGUUUGCAUUAGGCAAUUGUGUUGCGAUUAUGUCAUCUCUUGCAACACCUGAGCAAUCAAUGGCUAUUAUGGAUCUUCUUGAAUCUCGCUGGGAAGAGUUGGUUGGAGAGAUGCCUCUGAAAAUAAGUUAUCCUGCUAUAGAAAGUCAUGAGUGGAGAAUUGUAACUGGUUGUGAUCCCAAGAAUACCAGAUGGAGUUACCAUAAUGGAGGAUCUUGGCCAGUGCUUUUGUGGCUGCUGACAGCUGCUUGCAUUAAAACGGGACGACCACAAAUUGCAAGACGAGCAAUUGAGCUUGCUGAGAAUCGUCUGCUGAAGGAUAACUGGCCAGAAUAUUAUGAUGGGAAAACCGGGAGGUAUAUUGGGAAGCAGGCAAGAAAGUACCAGACAUGGUCAAUUGCAGGAUAUUUGGUGGCAAAGAUGAUGCUAGAGGAUCCAUCACACUUGGGAAUGAUUUCACUGGAAGAGGACAAGCAAAUGAAGCCAGCUCUUAAGAGGUCGUCAUCUUGGACUUGCUGAAAAGCUCAAGCAAGGAAAAGCAAAUAGGAGAAAAAGAAUAGAGAAAAAGAGGUGGUGAAACAUCUUGUUAUAUAAAUCAAAUACUAUUCUUUGGUGCUUCCUGCCUUGUACGGCUUCAUUCAAAGUUUGCUUGUGUACAAUAGCCUGUGCUAAGACUAGUUUUGUGAUUUUCCAAAUAAAAGAUGCAUUUUGUUAUUCAAGUUAUAAACUUUGGGAGGCAUUCUGCAAAUGCCAUGGUGCCAAUUUUUAUUAGCUCUUUACAGGCUAAAUGGUGGUGUCAAGUCUUUGCUUUACCAGAUAAGAGACAUUGUGGAUGAUCUUAUAAAUAUAUUGUGGACUUUUUAUUAAAA